AUGCCGACGCGACGCUACACCGCUUCACAUGAAAGCAUGGAGACGCAUGUCGUGGGCGAGGAAGGCGCCGUCGAAGCUCCGUCAAGCGAGCCACAGCUCGUAGUGUGGGGCACAGACGUCGCAAUUGCCGAAUGUCGCGACAAGUUUGUUAAGUUCAUACAGAGAUACGUUGAGCCGACUGCAGUUACUAACGAGCCUUUAUAUGAACAGAAGUUGGAAGAGAUAAACACGCUAGAGGAGCCAUUCCUGGAUGUUGAUUGUGAACAUGUCAAAAUAUUUGAUCCUAAAUUACAUCGGCAACUGGUCUGCUACCCACAAGAGGUAGUGCCAGCAUUUGAUGCGGCCGUCAAUGAAUUGUUCUUCGAAAGAUAUCCGGCUGCUGUACUGGAACAUCAAAUUCAGGUUCGGCCGUUCAAUGCACCGCAGCGUAAUAUGAGGGACCUGAACCCUGAAGAUAUCGACCAGCUAGUGACGCUGUCGGGCAUGGUGAUCCGCACGUCGUCGAUCGUGCCGGAGAUGCGCGAGGCGUACUUCCGCUGUGCGGUGUGUGGCGCGGCGGCCACGGCGGAGCUGGAGCGGGGCCGCGUGCCCGAGCCCGCGCACUGCGCGCACUGCAACACCGCGCACUCCUACCAUCUCAUACACAACCGCUCGCACUUCAGCGACAAGCAGCUCGUCAAGCUGCAGGAGUCGCCGGACGACAUGCCGGCGGGGCGCACGCCGGCCACGGUGAGCGUGCUGGCGCACGGCGCGCUGGUGGAGCGCGUGGCGGCGGGCGAGCGCGUGAGCGUGACGGGCGUGUUCCGCGCCGCGCCCGCCACCGUGCACCCGCGCAAGGCCACGCUCAAGGCGCUGCACAAGACGCACAUCGACGCGCUGCACUACCACAAGGUGCACAGCGACCGCCUGCUGGAGACCGAGGAAGGGAAAGAGCACCAGUUCCCACCAGAACGCGUUGAGCUAUUCAACGCUCUAGCCGCGCAGCCGGACUGCUAUGAACGUUUAGCGCGUGCCAUCGCCCCCUCUGUCUACGAGAACUUAGACAUCAAGAAGGGCUGUUUACUACAACUACUUGGGGGAACUAAGAAAAACUUUAAUGCUGCAGGAAGAACACAUUUCAGAUCUGAGAUCAACAUUCUGUUAUGUGGUGACCCCGGUACGAGCAAGUCCCAGCUACUGCGCUGGGUGCACGGGCUCGUGCCGCGCGCCCAGUACACGUCGGGCCGCGGUUCUUCAGCCGUGGGGCUUACUGCUUACAUCACCAAAGACCCAGACACAAGGCAAUUGGUGCUGCAAACUGGUGCUUUGGUACUUGCAGACAACGGCAUCUGCUGCAUCGACGAGUUCGACAAAAUGAAUGAUUCUACGCGGAGCGUGUUGCAUGAAGUAAUGGAGCAACAAACCCUGUCCAUAGCCAAGGCUGGUAUCAUUUGUCAACUUAACGCCCGCACAUCCAUCCUGGCGGCCGCCAACCCCGCAGAGUCGCAGUGGAAUAAGAACAAAACUAUCGUUGAAAAUGUUCAGCUGCCUCACACUCUAAUGUCAAGAUUUGACCUCAUAUUCUUAGUACUAGACCCUCAAGACGAAGUGUUUGACCGACGCUUAGCCUCGCAUCUUGUGUCUCUCUACUACAAAGAUCCAACAAACCCGCAGGACGAUGAGGACGCUGUAGAUAUGUCACUAAUGCGCGACUAUAUAGCGUUCGCAAAGGAACACGUACAACCGACGCUCAGCGAAGCAGCUCAACAAAGACUUAUUGAUGCUUACGUGGAUAUGAGGCGAGUUGGAAGCGGUCGUGGUCAGAUUUCUGCUUACCCUCGACAGUUAGAGUCGCUGAUUAGACUCGCUGAAGCCCACGCCAGAGUCCGACUAUCCCCUGUAGUUGAAAUAUUAGAUGUUGACGAGGCAGCAAGGCUACAUCGCGAGGCCCUCAAGCAGUCGGCGACGGACCCCGCGUCGGGCCGCAUCGACGUGGGCAUCCUCACGACGGGCCUCGGCGCCGCGGCCCGCCGCCGCCGCGCCGACCUGGUGGCGGCGCUCAAGCAGCUCAUACAGCCCUACUCCAAGCCGCACACUCUCACGCACGCCAAACUGUUGCAGGAGAUCAACGCUAACUCACAAACGACUGUAUCAAGAGAACAGUUGGACGAGGCGCUCCGUGACUUACAAGACGAAGGCAAAGUAACCGUCGUCAGCCAUACUCACCUCCGAUUAUGUUGA